UCGGUGAGAAUAAUGGAGUAGAGAGGGAGCCGUGUUGAUGGCAACCGUAGUGGUGGUGGUGGAGGAAGAAGAAUGUCAGCGAUGGAGGUCGACCCACAGGAGGAAGAAGUCGAGGUGCCCUCCUCUAGCACCUCCAAACAAGACAAGAAGAGGUUCGAGGUUAAGAAGUGGAAUGCAGUAGCACUAUGGGCAUGGGAUAUCGUCGUCGACAACUGUGCUAUAUGUCGUAAUCACAUCAUGGAUUUAUGCAUAGAAUGUCAGGCCAACCAGGCCUCUGUCACGUCAGAAGAAUGCACGGUAGCUUGGGGUGUGUGUAAUCAUGCUUUCCAUUUCCACUGUAUAUCUCGAUGGUUGAAGACGCGUCAGGUAUGCCCAUUAGACAACAGGGAAUGGGAGUUCCAGAAGUAUGGUCAUUAGAGGAAUUUUUAAAUAAAAUCCCUUAACUCCUACCAGUCAAACUAACAUUUCUUUCGUUAAAAAAAAAAAUAAAAAAAAUCUUCAUUAUAGAAAUUCUUUGACUUGUCAUAUCGUUUAGUUGUUACAUGCUUACUUGUCGUCAAGUAAGGAAUAAAAUAAUUAUUGUAUUUUUA